GCCCUACGUUCUUUUGUUUCUGUGUUUGUACAUUUCUAUCGAUGAUAUCUGUGGCAAGUAGGAAAGUGUCUCAGCUUGUAAAUUUAUUUGUUAUUGUUCAGAAAAUAUUUUUUUGUUACGUAGUAAAAAUGCAUGGUUCGACCAAUAAUGCAUCGGAUCCUCGAAGGCCAGAUAAAGAACACAGGUUCAAGCCCCCGGCGCCGUCGAGCCAGGCCGUGCCGGGCGAGGACCUCACGCCCGACUACAUGAACAUCCUGGGCAUGAUCUUCAGCAUGUGCGGCCUCAUGAUGCGGCUCAAGUGGUGCGCCUGGGUCGCCCUCUACUGCUCCUGCAUCAGUUUCGCCAACUCGAGGGUGAACGACGACACCAAGCAGAUCCUCAGCAGCUUCAUGCUGUCCAUAUCGGCGGUGGUGAUGUCCUACCUGCAGAACCCACAGCCCAUGAGCCCGCCCUGGGCGUCCCUGCUCCAGUGACAGCGUCCGGCCGUCGCCGUCGUGUUCGUCCCGUCGCGACAUGUGCCGGCAUGUCCGCAUUCGUACCGGAAUAAAGUUGUUAAGUUUUG